GCAGAAGCACCAUCAUUUGCACACUUCUUAUGCAUCACACACCUUAACCCUGACAUUUUUAGCUCCAGUUUUCAAAAGAAGUGAAGUCAAGAUGAAGAACCAUUUGCUUUUCUGGGGAGUCCUUGCCAUUUUUGUUAAGGCUGUUCUUGUGACAGCCCAAGAUGAAGAUGAAAGCACUCUCCUUGUUAACAACAAAUGUAAGUGUGCCCGCAUUACUUCCAGGAUCAUCCCUUCUCCCGAAGACCCUAGUCAAGACGUUGUGGAGAGAAACAUCAGAAUUAAGGUUCCUCUGAAUAACAGGGAGAAUAUCUCUGAUCCCACCUCACCAUUGAGAACCAAAUUUGUGUACCAUUUGUCUGAUCUCUGUAAAAAAUGUGAUCCUACGGAAGUGGAGCUGGAUAAUCAAGUAAUUACUGUCACUCAGAGCAAUAUCUGUGAUGAAGACAAUGAGACCUGUUACGCUUAUGACAGAAACAAGUGCUACACAAAUAGGGUCCCACUUUUAUAUGGUGGUAAGACCAUAAUGGUGGAAACAGCAUUGACCCCGGAUUCCUGCUUUUCUGACUAAUUUAAGUCAUUGCUGACUGCACAGCUCCUUAGCUUGAAGGGUUCUCCAUUUUGAUCCAGAAAGUUAACAUAUUUACUACCAAUGAAUUUGAAACCACAAUUUAUUGAUAAUGUAAAACUAACUCCCCCCCAAUAAUUUAUGGUAGCAUUGUUAUUUUUAUUAGGUAAUUACUUAUCAAGUAUACAUUCACACUCUAAGUAUUGAAUCUCUCACUUAUCAUCCUUGCCCAAAGGGGUAUACGCCCAUAAGAAAAUGAUUUCUAGCAUUUAAAAAAAUAGACAGGGAGAGACACUAAAACUCAAGGCUGAAAAUCAGAAGACAUAAUUAAAUUUUGCCUUUUUUUUUUUUUUUGGCUUUGCCUUGGAGAACCAGAGCUUUUGCACAUUCCAUGCUAUUCUCUUUUAAAAAAGUAAAACUGUGUAGAGAAAAUUGAUAUGUAAACACAGGUCAAUUAUAGGUUUUCAUUAGUAAAAUAAUGAUUGGAAAACAUAUUUUAGAAAUGUCUAUAAAAUAAUUUAAUAUGGGAUCUCUAAUAUUUAUGAAACCAAUUAGCUAAAGGUGAUAUAAUUAAAUGCAUAAUUGAAAAAAAUAUUGUGAUAUAACAUAGAUUUGGUAGCAUAUGAUACAGAUUUUUUUGAUAAAAAAUGUUUUUUGAUCAUCAAGAUAGUGUAAGAAAUUCCCAUUGGAAAUCAUCUAUGUUGUAACUGAAUCUAAUGAAAUAUGUAUUCCAAAAUAUUAUUCUUUACCACAGUUUGAACAAUUAAAUAGAUUCAAUAAGCAUA